GCCGGGCGACCCAGGCUGGGGUGGGAGGGCUCCCAGGGUAUUGGGGUCAGGAUGGCAUUAGCCCAGCUCAAGCCGGGCUGGGCUGACUCAGCGCCCUGCCCGGGCAGCCCGUCCCUGCCAGCCCGUCCCCGCCAGCCCUGCUCCUCCCGGGCAGAGAUGGGAGAUGGCGCCCGUGCUGCCCCUGGCGCUGCCGCCGCGGCCCCGCGUGCGCCUGGCGCAGGGGCUCUGGCUCCUGUCCUGGGCGCUGGCGCUGGCCGGCGGCCUCACUCUGCUGUGUAGCGGGCACCUCCUGGUCCAGCUGUCGCUCCUUCGCACCUUCCUGGCUCCCUCCUGCCCGUUCGCCGCGCUGCCGCAGGUGGCCCUGGCGGCGGGCGCCGCGGCUCUGGGCACGGGACUGGCGGGCGCAGGAGCCAGCAGGGCCAGUUUGGACGCAGCGCAGUACCCGCCCUGGCGCAGGGUCCUGGGCCCCCUGCUGCUGGCCGGCACCGCGGCGGGUGGCGGGCUGCUGGUCCUCUCCCUGGGGCUGGCCUUAGCUCUGCCUGGCAGUCUGGACUCCGGGCUGGAGGAGGGCCUGGGCGCUGCCAUGGCUCACUACAAGGACACAGAGGUGCCGGGACACUGCCACACCAAGCGGCUGCUGGAUGAGCUGCAGCUCAGGCACCACUGCUGCGGGCGCCGUGGGUUCAAGGACUGGUUUGGGGUCCAGUGGGUCAGCAGCCGGUACCUGGACCCCAACGACCAUGAUGUGGUUGACCGGAUCCAGAGCAACGUGGAAGGCCUCUAUCUGAUUGACGGAGUCCCCUUUUCCUGCUGCAACCCCCACUCACCGCGGCCUUGCCUGCAAGACCGGCUCUCAGACCCCCACGCCCACCCCCUCUUCGAUCCCCGUCAGCCCAACCUAAACCUCUGGCCUCAGGGAUGCCACGGGGUGCUGCUGGGGCACCUGCAGGGGCUGGCGAGCACGCUGGGCAGCAUGCUGGCCGUCACCUUCCCGCUGCAGACUGCGGUGCUCCUGGGCCUGCGGUACCUGCAGACGGCGCUGGAGGGGCUUGGAGGAGCCAUCGAUGGGGAAGGGGACGCCCAGGGCUAUCUCCUUCCCGGGGGGCUGAGGCACAGGCUGAAGACGGCCUGGCUGCAGGGAGGGGCUGCCCGCAGGCCAGCACCCGGGGAGGCCCCUCCCGAAGAGGCACCGCCCACGGAGGACCCACCUGAGGCCUAGUGGCCUGGAGCUGGGGUUGGGGUCGGGCAGAGGGGAGAAGGGCCCAUGGUGGGGAGGGGUGUCCCUGGGAUCAGAAUGAAGAACAAUUAGCAAGCUGGACGGGGCAGGAGAAAAAACAAGGGUCCGAGGGCCUAGCCCCUGUGGCCAGAACAGCCCAGAAACAGAACCCCCAGCGUGGUGGGAAGCGGCCCAGGAAGCGCUGGAGAUGCUGCCUUGCGGACUCAAAAGAAGCUUCUGGACUGAAGCCGCUGGUCCCCUCCUCCAGGGGGCGCUCCUGAGAGCAUGGUUUCCGUUUGAGAGAAGCCAGGCCAGGGUUUGACCCGGUGAGAAUCAGAAUGCGAGACGCAGACUAAUAAAACGCAGAAGAUGAGAGGCC